UCUGGACCUUCAGAAACUCCGAACAGCCACAUUCGUCGUCAUCUUCCUACCAUGCAAGAGACAUAGCCUUCGUUAAGUAUUUCUUUUUAGUUAUUUGUUUCUCGUUACCCUGAAGCCUUCAAGAUACAUUCUAUUCGCAACUUAGAUCACGUUCAUCCAAUUAUCAAACUCAAUCAUGUCAGACCUCUACCUAUCGCAUCUCCGAAACUGGAUCUUGAAGUCUCCGCCGGCGGAAUUCGCGAUUCGAAAUGCUCGAGAAUUGCUUAUAGGUACUCUAAAGCAGGGACCUAUCCCUCAACAUGUCGCGUUUGAAAUGGACGGAAAUAGGCGAUUCGCCAAAAAUCACAAGAUCGAAACCAUCGAAGGCCACCACCUAGGCUUCGAAGCGCUCGCAAGAGUUCUCGAGAUCUGUUAUAAGUGUGGUGUCAAAGUUGUUACGGUGUAUGCCUUUAGUAUUGAAAACUUCAACCGACCCCGACACGAAGUUGGUGGCUUAAUGGCAAUGGCUAAGGUCAAGCUAGAGCAACUCGUUCAGCACGGCGAGCUCCUUGACCGAUACGGUGCAGGUAUUCGCGUAUUGGGUGAGCGCGACUUAAUCCCGGACGAUGUGCUGCCUUAUGUUGAUCGAGCUAUCGAGAUGACAAAACACAACAAAGAUGCUGUGCUCAACAUCUGCUUCCCUUACACCUCGAGGGCCGAAAUGACUAGCGCUAUCAAAGCGACAGUAGAUGAAUUCACGACAUCACCUCGACAACCGAACACACCAUUCUCCCAGUCGCGAAUCACCCAGAAGGUCCGAUCCAAUAGGUCAAAGAAAUCAGAUUCUUCGUCGCCCAGAGGCUCUUCACCAGAUCAAGACAACAAGUCAGAUGUCGAUGAUUCCAUGUCUUCAACUACUGCUUUGGACCCGGAAUCACCGCCUCUACGAUCUACGACUUUGAAGCCAACCGAGUUUAAGAACCCAGAGAGUAUCACAGCUGAGACUAUCAACAGCCAUACGUACACUGCUGAAUGUCCGCCGCUGGAUAUUUUCAUCCGAACAAGUGGUGUUACGAGGCUGAGUGAUUUCAUGUUAUGGCAAUGCCACGAGAACACGCAGAUCUUUUUCUUAAAGUGUCUAUGGCCUGAGUUUGACCUUUGGCAUUUCAUCCCUAUUCUCCUGGAAUGGCAAUGGCGACAGAAGAAGUUGACGGAGAAGGAGGGCACGAAGAAGUGAACAGACGAAUGACUAUAAUACCCUUGGAUUGGCGUUCAGGCGUGCUACUUGCGAAUACGUUGUUGGCAGUGAGACCCAGGAUGUGGUUGGUGCUUGGAUUUAAUGUGUCUGAAAGAAAACUGGCAUCCGAGUUGAUAAGAACAUGUGGAAUUAGGAUGCAUAUUAUGUUGCUUUAGUAAAUAGAUACCUCACGAUGAUAGAUUAUUUCCUAGUGUAUGUGGUUUGUUAGUUUAACUCCUAACGAGGCAAUAUAUUCAUAAUAUAAUGUUCCUUCGAAAA